AUGCCCAGCUCGGCACUGCUAUAUUGCCUAAUCUUACUGGCUGGAGUCCGGCCCAGCAGAGGCGAGUACCCCCGGAAUGAGAGUAACUGCACCCACUUCCCAGUCAGCCAGACCCACAUGCUCCGAGAGCUUCGAGCUGCCUUCAGCCAGGUGAAGACUUUCUUUCAAAAGAAGGACCAGUUGGACAACAUACUGUUAACGGAUUCCUUGCAGCAGGACUUUAAGGGUUACUUGGGUUGCCAAGCCUUAUCAGAAAUGAUCCAGUUUUACCUGGUAGAAGUGAUGCCCCAGGCAGAGAACCACGGCCCAGAAAUCAAGGAGCAUUUGAACUCCCUGGGAGAGAAGUUGAAGACCCUCAGGAUGCAGCUGCGGCGCUGUCAUCGAUUUCUCCCCUGUGAAAAUAAGAGCAAGGCUGUGGAACAGGUGAAGAAUGAUUUUAAUAAGCUCCAAGAGAAAGGUGUCUACAAGGCCAUGAAUGAAUUUGACAUCUUCAUCAACUGCAUAGAAGCGUACAUGACAAUCAAAAUGAAAAGCUGAACCGCCCGGAGCACGCGUUGAGUCUCCUGGGCCCCAGGUCAUAAACAGAGCUCUCUAAACCUGAUCCAAGGGUCUCAGCUAACAGAAGCACCUCCUUGGAAAACCUCAUUGUACCUCUCUCCAAAAUAUUUAUUACCUCUGAUACCUCAGUUCCCAUUCUAUUUAUUCACUGAGCUUCUAUGUGAA